AGUCUGUGUUAAAUCGCCUUGAAAGCUAAAAAAUAUGACGAAGCAAAAGAGAUACGACGUGAAUUCGUUAGAAAGCGAGAAUGAAGAAAAGACAGGCAAGGAACGAAAAUGGAGCGUCAUUAUGGCUACCUUUGUGGCUGCUCUUGGCCCCUUGACGUUCGGGUAUUGUAUGGGUUAUUCCUCUGCUGCAACCACACAAUUAGAGAUAAAUGAAGACAAUAUAAACAGUACACAACUGCACCUCACUGUAUCUGAAAUCAGCUGGUUUGGGUCCCUAUUAAACAUUGGUGCUAUGAUAGGAGGACCACUACAAGGCUUCUUGAUUGACCUCCUGGGCCGCAAGAUUGCUCUUAUACUCACCUCAAUUCCUUUCUGCUCAGGGUAUCUUUUAAUUGGUUUUGGUAGUAAUGCUUCAAUGUUAAACAGUGGUAGGUUCAUGUCAGGAUUGGGAGUAGGAAUGGCCUCUCUUAAUGUACCUGUUUACAUCUCAGAGACAGCAUCUUCAGGUAGUCGUGGUGCUCUUGGAUCUGUCAAUCAACUGGGAAUUACUUCAGGAAUCCUUAUAUCUUACAUAGUUGGGUUCGCCAUGAAUUGGCGAUGGUCAGCCCUUGUGGGCGCCUUCCCUCCAACUAUUCUUGUUGUUCUCAUGGCGUUUAUGCCUGAGACAGCCAGGUGGCUGAUGGCCAAAAAGAAAGAAGAAAAAGCAAGGAAGAAUCUCAAAUGGUUGCGGGGGCCUAAUGUCGACGUUGAAGUUGAACUCGACGAAAUAAGAUUAACUCUUGCUUCCGAAAAAGGCAAGUUUUCUCUCAAGGAGUUCGCUCAACCCGGUCUCCUACGACCCUUUAUCAUCAGCAUGACAUUACAUUUUUUCCAGCAGUUCAGCGGCAUCAAUGCCGUCAUGUUCUACUGCGCCACCAUCUUCCAGAAGGCAGGCUUCGAUAAGCAGAGUACUUUAGUACCCAUUAUAAUCGGAGCAGUGCAGGUCUUAUCGUCUGCUGUAUCUCUAUCUCUGGUUGAUCGUGGAGGUCGACGAUUCCUCCUCAUCACCGCAGGAAUCAGCAUGACUAUUAGCUGCACCUUCACCGGUAUCUACUUCCAAAUCAUCAAAGACAGCCCUGACAGCGCGGAUGCACUCUCGUGGAUAGCAGUAACAAGCCUUUCGAUAUAUAUAGUCGCGUUUGGUUAUGGGUGGGGUCCGUGCACGUGGUUGAUCAUGAGCGAGAUCUUCCCUGUACGAGCCCGCGGUACAGCCAGCGGUAUUGCUACUUUCUUCAAUUGGUUUUGUUCGUUUAUUCUGACGAAAACGUUUAGUGAUCUACUAUUGACGUUGACGCCGGCGGGAACGUUUUGGAUGUUUGCUGUUAUCCUGUUGCUGUCUGUCUUAUUCGUUUACUUUUUUGUGCCCGAGACGAAAGGGAAAACUUUGGAAGAGAUUCAGCGAGAGUUCGAGGCGAAAGGAAAGAAAGGGAAAGGAAUGUACCGAGAGACAAAUGUAUAAAGACGUAAUAUAUGGGAAACGUACAGUGACUAACUUCAUUCUUCUCUUCAGCAAAACUCAAAACAAGUUGUUGUCAAGCUUGGUUAAAAUUGCAUUUUUUUGACCCACGCAACUAAAAUAUAAAUAAGAACCUCAUAAUUUCUCUUCAUGUUAAAGGCUUUUCUGUUUUUACGAGUCGUAAAGAUCGACUUCAAAUUUAAUAGCAGUAGGCUUUCAGAGCCUCUCUCUGACGUUAGAGUAACAGUGUCCUUUCAAAAGGUGUGCUGCGCACAUUGGUAUAAUAUUAUCAUGUAUGGUGCAAUAAUUUUCAUGAAAAAUGUUAGUUGGUUAGAUGAAUGAUACGCACUUGUACAUCAUGCCACAAGAAGGCAUUAACAUGUGAUAUCACUCAGGCCGUCUCACACUAUCACAAUUCGAAUCAAUCACUGCAGAUUUCCUUAUAUUUCAACCUUUUGUUUGACGAUGUUCAUGGUUUUUUUUGGUUCAUUUUUAUUCAUUUUAAAUUUGCUUGUAGGUUGAAGGUUGUAAAACCAGUUGUGGGACUUUAUUGCACAUAUUACUGCACCAAAAACAUUAGUCUAUUCACUAUGAAAUUUGGGCAAGUUUUAAGUAUAUUCACUUUUCUUUUAUCGUGGGUAUUGAGCUUUUUUUAUUUGGGUUUUAGGUAUAAUUUCGUACAUGUUGCAUGCAUAAGGUAGAUUCAGUUCAUUUGCAAACAUUUCUUCUUAGACAUUAUGCAUAUAAUACACACACAAAAACGUUUGUUGGGUCUAUUCUGUGAUUUGAGGGAUUUUUUCUGGGUUCUCCAGUUUAUCUGCCUUCACAAAAGCCAGCCCUGAUGAAACCAAGGGUUUCAAAGAAAGAGCAAAAAAUCACAAACAAGUUAUUACAGGCAAUGUUGCUUAGGUAGGAUCGUUUUCUACUUUUCCAACAUUGUGGGACAAAUUGUGUUGUGUGACAUGGCUCACAAUAUCAAUUGCCAGCAACGUGGUGUGCAAUAUUACAGGCAGUGUUGCUGAAAUAGGAUUGUUUUCUACUUUACCAACAUUGCUUGUGUCAAAUUGUGUCGUGCUGGCUCACAACAUCGGUUGUCUACAACAUUGCAUGCCAUUUGCACCGUGUCUGUAGCUUUAAUCUUUUUUGAUUGUCUUCCCUUAGUUAAGUUAAGUGAGCUUCAACUCACUGAUAACUAUUUCUUCAAAUUGAAAAGCCUUUAAAAUUUCAUUCCUCUGAUAUUUAAAAACCUUUCACUUUCUUUAUUUCAUUCUUUGCUUCACAUUACUUCAAA